AGAGAGAGAGAGAGAGAGAGAGAGAGAGAGAGAGAGAGAGAGAGAGAGAGAAAGAGAGAGAGCUAAACAACUUCCAUUUCUCCGAGCAGGUCAAGAGUCGUUCCACUCCUAGCUUGGCUUCUGUCAGCCCGUUGAGGGAGGGGGAUGGGUUCUCAACCUUUUGUCGCUGUUGAGGGCCGCAGCGAGCCCGUCUUCUCUUGUCUAAACCCGGCCGGCUCUCUGUUGUCGUCUGGAGCGACUUGCGGAGGACCUUGGACGAACGGAGAUGCGGGCGACAGGAUGACAGACGGCGUAGAGUCUCCAGCGUCGUCUGCUGCAUGUGUGGCUUGCUUACUGACGCCUAUGGGAAAUACAUGGUUUGAAGAAGAGCGGAGCCUUCUGCAAUUCCUUUACUGCCUUCCAAAGGCAGACAAGCUCCGGGAACCCUGGCGUCGUCUUCGUCCAGUUGCCCUUUGCCCGUCGUUGCCUGCAGGACAAGGAGCGGAAGCCGAUGCCAAGAUGGGAGACGCGCACACGAUGCACUAUCGGAUAGCUCGGCAGCAGCCAAAGUUCGGUGUUACUGUUCCUACCCACGCAUACCUGUAUGUAGACAGACAGGGCCCCUCGACGACAGUCCGGGGAGUUUGCCCUCGCCCUCCGAGUGAAGAGAAUAUCGUCGAGGGGGUAUCUACAUGAUUGGUUCCGGAUGAUGCAGCUCUCUAUCCCCCGAGAACUCAGAUGGGCCCGUCUGCCACGAGUGCCAUCCGAAUGAAAGAGGGCCGGCUAGCCCUGAAACGGUCUGGAUCACAGUUGUGCCUGGGGUUACUUAGUCACUCAGCGAAAUUGACGGUGACCCUUCAUGGAUUGAUUCCCAGCUCAACUUUACCAACUAGACAACGACUUCCAGACACAAAAGAACCAUGGCC